AUGCCAUCACCUGCUUAUCCCAUCGCUCUUGCGGCUCUCAUUGGGUCCGCGCUCGCAGACAUCCACAAUGUCAAUCUUCCCUCGAACUUCUUCGAUGGUCCACAGAGCGGUAUUGGAUCAUGGUACCGUGCCUCUGCCGGCCAAGACUCGACAAACGGCAAGAGUUGGUGUGCGUACACGUACUAUAACAGCGAUCCUGUCUUUGCUGUGUCCCUAAAAGCGAUGGGCGGCAAGACCUACAAUUCGGACCCAGCGGGUUGGAAGGCAGCAACGCAAAAGUACUGUGGUCUCGAGGCGACUGUUAAGGAUCCCAAAACUGGCAAGCAAAUGCUUAUGUACAUUGGCGACGCAUUUGAUGAUAAAUAUGUCCUUUCGCCGGGGUCUAUCGACAUCAUGAUCGACGCCUUCUCGAACAUCCACGGGAACCCCAACGGUAACAAGAACGACGUCAUCAAGGGUGUGGAGUGGCAGCUUACAGGACGCGUCAACACGAAGUAUGCUGCGGAUGGCGCCGUAUGGCCAACAAAAGCUGGAGCAGCACCAACGACUCCUGCUCCUACAAAGAUGCAGACUUCUGCUUCACCAAAACCGUCUGCCUCUCCACCUGGUGGUGGCGAAGGUGCGAAGUGCAGUGACUCGACGAACUGUAAUUCUGGCAUGACAUGCUUAGCACCUGAUGGUGUCUGCAGCACAGCCGCUUAUGUACCGGAUGGACCUGUAGUGCUUCGUCGCCGUGCCAGAAACCAAACACGUGUGUAA